CGUGUUGUAUUCUGCUAGCCGCUGCCGUUCAAGGCGCACGCGUACUCCUCUCCAACAAGCUCGCAGCGUCGAAGCCACCCUAGCCACAGCGCCCCCUCUCGGCCCAGGCUUCCCAGCCUUCUAACCACAGUACCCCACUUCACUUAAAACACAGAAGCAUUACGUCUGGUAUACCAAUGAGCCAAGUGGAGUUUGAAAUGGCCUGUGCUUCACUCAAGCAGCUGAAGGGGCCUGUGAGUGAUCAGGAGAAACUGCUGGUGUACAGCUUUUACAAACAGGCCACCCAGGGCGACUGUAACAUCCCUGUCCCUCCUGCCACAGAUGUGAGAGCAAAGGCCAAAUAUGAGGCCUGGAUGGUAAACAAAGGGAUGUCCAAGAUGGAUGCCAUGAGGAUCUACAUUGCUAAAGUGGAAGAGCUGAAGAAAAAUGAGCCAUGCUAAGAGCAUUUUGGCAGACACAAGGAAGUAGCAUGGCUCCACUGGUAGGGGAUGGGUUUAAGAUUCCUGAUGGCUGAAACACACUGAAAGGGUAGCAGCGUUAGCAGAAACACCAAUAAAUCAUUCAAACU